UUUGCUAGUGGGCAGAGCAAGUCGAGAGGCUCGUGCGCUGUAUCUGGAAUUACAACCCAGGCAGCCAGUUCACGCAGUUUUUCUCCUUUCUUCAUGGAUAUUUAGUCCAUUUCCGAUUGAGCCGCCGUGUAACUGCCUCCCAGCGCAAAGUGACAUAAAUGAGAAUGAAGGAGGUUGGCACCUGAGAAGCUGCUUUGUCAUCAACAUGGGCCAAAGAAAGAAAUUGGAUAACUGAGGACCUGUGCCGAGAUAACAUCCCAGCCCCACAACAACCAAUCAUGCCAUCAACACCUGGACCUUUGCAGCUUUUCAAUAGUUAAAUCAGGGACCACUCACUGAGCAUGGCUUCGCCUUUCUUAUGGAAGCUGUCAUCCCAAAAGCUAGGUUUAUUCCUGGUCAGCUUUGGGUUUAUCUGGGGCAUGAUGCUGCUACACUUCACCAUCCAGCAGCGAGCCGGCCACGAAAACAGCGCUAUGCUCCGGCAACAGAUCCUGGACCUGAGCAAGCGCUACAUCAAGGCGUUAGCCGAGGAGAACCAAAGUGUUAUGGAUGGGCCUUAUGUGGGCACCAUGACUGCUUAUGACUUAAAGAAGACCCUCGCAGUGCUGCUUGAUAACAUCAUGCUGAGGCUGGCUAAGCUUGAGUCCAAGGUCGAGAACAUCUACAAUGGCACCGGAGGUAGUCUGACUAAUGGCUCCAGCACCUCCACGCCAAGCUCCACCAAUCCAGAAAAAGUUAAUGUGGCAGAUCUUCUAAAUGGAGCCCAGGAGAAGUGCGAGCUGCCGCCUUUGGAUGGAUUUCCUCACUGCGAGGGCAAGCUCAAGUGGAUGAAAGAGAUGUGGCGCUCUGACACUUGCUAUACGAAUUAUGGUGUGGAUGGAUCCACCUGUUCCUUCUUCAUUUACCUCAGUGAGGUGGAGAACUGGUGUCCCCAUCUGCCUUGGAGGACAAAACGCUUGAAUGAAGGCAUGGACCGGAGGGGGCAGGCAGAAAUCCGGACCAGUUUUGAGGACCUUUACCGUGUGAUGUCUCAGCGGGAGGAGUUCCGCUGGAUGAUGCUGAGGAUCAAACGUAUGGCAGAACCAUGGGUCCGUGCUAUUCGUUCAUUGGCUGCCAAGCAGAACCUGACCAAACGGAGGAAAAAAACGGUUCUGGUGCACUUGGGUCUCCUGACCAAGGAGUCAGGCUUCAAAAUAGCCGAAAAUGCCUUCAGUGGCGGUCCACUGGGUGAGUUAGUCCAAUGGAGUGAUCUUAUCACCACGUUGUACCUGCUUGGUCACGAUGUCCGCAUUUCUGCGUCCCUGGCUGAGCUCAAAGAGAUCAUGCGACGGGUGAUGGGAAAUAAGUCAAGUUGCCCCACUCAAGGUGACAAGGUUGUUGAGCUCAUAUACAUCGACAUUGUGGGCCUCACCCAAUUUAAGAAGACACUUGGACCUUCGUGGGUCCACUAUCAGUGCAUGUUGAGGGUGUUGGAUUCCUUUGGAACGGAACCAGAGUUCAACCACGCUCAUUACGCGCAGUCCAAAGGGCACAAGACACCCUGGGGGAAGUGGAACCUCAAUCCUCAGCAGUUUAACACCAUGUUUCCUCACACUCCAGACAACAGCUUCCUCGGAUUUGUGGUGGAACAGCACCUUAACGCCAGUGAUAUCAAACACAUUGAUGACAUCAAGAGACAAAAUCAGUCUCUAGUCUACGGCAAGGUCGACAACUUCUGGAAGGACAAGAAAAAAUACCUCGACAUCAUUCACAGCUACAUGGAAAUUCACGGCACUGUGCACGGCACCAGCACGGUGCACCUUCCAAGCUACGUGAGGAACCACGGCAUCUUGAGCGGACGAGACUUACAGUUCCUUCUCCGAGAAACCAAGUUGUUUGUGGGUUUGUCCUUUCCCUAUGAGGGGCCUGCACCCCUGGAGGCCAUCGCCAACGGAUGUGCGUUCCUCAACCCUAAAUUCAAACCACCAAAGAGCAGCAAGAACACAGACUUUUUCAAGGGAAAGCCCACCCUGAGAGAGCUGACCUCUCAGCACCCCUACGCUGAGGUUUAUAUUGGUCAACCCCACGUGUGGACUGUUGAUAUUAAUAAUGCUGCUGAGGUAGAAAGGGCAAUCCGCUCCAUCCUCAGCCAGAAGAUUGAGCCUUAUUUGCCCUUUGAGUUCACCUGUGAGGGGAUGCUGCAGAGAGUCAAUGCCUUCAUUGAAAACCAGGACUUCUGUCACGGCCAGGUGAUGUGGCCUCCGCUCAGUGCGCUGCAGGUCAAAAUGGCGGAACCGGGACGCUCCUGUAAGCAGGUGUGUCAGGAACAACAGCUCAUCUGCGAGCCGUCCUUCUUUCAACACCUCAACAAGGAAAAAGACCUGGCCAGGUUCGGCGUGGACUGCCAGACGGUGGAGUCCAGCGCGGACACGGUGGUCCCGGCCUACAGCGAAAGCCGCCGCCACUGCGUCUUUCAGUCGGACCUGCUACUAUUCAGCUGCGCCGGCGCUCACCAGUCGCUUCAUCGCAUCUGCCCCUGCCGCGAUUACAUGAAGGGCCAGGUGGCAUUGUGCAAAAGCUGCCUAUAGCAGCAGUAGCGUGCCGACGCAGACUCCUCUGAGGGAAACAAUUUUGGACGACGCGGAAUUCAUCGUAUUUAUUUUUUCUCGACCUCUACAGGAACAAAGCAGGGGCGGUGUAACCUUACUUGAAUCAACAAAGGGAGUCAUCUCGGACUUUCCGAACUGUUUUGCAGCACAUAUCAGUGACCGGCGUCUCGUUUGUCUCCAGGUUCUCUUCAUUCUUCUCCUUGCCUUCCUUCUCAAUCUGUUCUUUCUCUAGGUAGGUUUACACUGGAACACCCACCACACGUACUCAACAGAUGGCUAGUUUUACACUGUACUAAAGUAAUGAAAGUGAACUAUUGUAUAGAGAUCUAGAUUUUUAUUCUGGAGGUAUUGUGAAAUGCUGGGGUGUUGAUAUUUAGCCAUGGGUGGGUUUUUUUCCCUUUCUUCACCAAAUGCACACCUAUAGUGUAUCACAAAAUUGAGUACACCCCUCGCAUUUCAGCAGAUAUUUAAGUAUAUGGUUUCAUGGGACAGCACUGACAA